AUGCCCUCGCGCAGCCUCGCACGGCCCGCACACCUUCGCACACCCUCGUGCAUCCUCACUCCGUCCUUUGUAUCGAUCCAGGCCACUGCUCGGCAUCCACUUUGGGCACCGCGCCUCGGCACUUCUACUCCCAAUAUGCUCUCGCGCGGCCCACCCACCUCUUUGAUACCUCACACUGGAGGCUCAGUGCAAGCUCUUCCACUGACGAACGCGUUGAUCUUCGAGGUACCGCUCAGAAACUUACCCGAGAUCAUCUCGAGCGGCGGCGCACCUCGCGCGUCCCCACACAUCUUCGCGUGUCCUUACCUCACAUAUCUUCGCGCGUCCUCACACCGUCCUUUUUAUCGACCCAAGCCGCUGCCCUGCGCCCACUUUGAACACUGGGCAUCAACACUCCCGGUGUGCGGCGCGCGCAGCCUGUUCGACCUCAGACUCAGACCCGCACCCACGGAGCUCCAGUAG